UUUCCAUUUCAUUUUUUACUCUUAUUGCAAAAAGUCUGUAAGAUAUGGGAAGCUUACUAGUUACAGCGCCUACAAAUUUUUGGUCAGGGGUUUGGUCAUUUUUUGCAAAUUUCAUUCUUGAUUUUUGGCUAUCUCAAGUGUAGAGAUAAAAAUACUUAAGACCUUUCGUAUCCCCACACCAAUAUAAGUACAUGUCUAACCUCGUUUAGCAAUAAUUGAUUUGCGGUUGCAUGAAACUGAAGCUUCUUAAGCGAGUUUGUAUCUUUGUUUAUGGUCUUUCGGAGAUCAGUCUUUGAUAUCGGGUUUUGUAGUUUCGAGUCUAUUGCAGUCAAAUGGCAAAUUAUUUUGUACGAGAGUUGGAGCUGAAUAACUGCUCACUGGAAAUUUAUCAGCAGCUCGAAGGUGAUGUCGGGUGUGUUGUUUGGGAUGCCGCUAUUACUCUUGCUAAAUACAUUGACUUGCAGCAGUCGAAAGGACAAAUGCAGUGGAAAGGGAUGAAUGUCAUCGAGCUUGGUGCUGGCACCGGUAUUGUUGGUCUAGCUGCAGCUACCCUAGGGUUGUUUUCUUUUAGGGCCAAUGUCACAAUAACAGAUCUGCCAGAAUUUAUUCCUCUGAUGGAGAAAAACAUUUCACUCAACACUAAAAGUUUCAAGGAAGCAAAAAUAACAGCAAAAAAGUUAAAAUGGGGAGAAGACCUUGAAAACUUCACAAGCACUUAUGAUGUUAUUCUUAUGGCAGACCUAAUCUAUUAUAAAGAAUCAAUUGAGCCACUAAUUCAAACAAUGGUUGGUUUGUCAUCAAAAGGGACAAAAAUUCUAAUGUCACAUGAAGAGAGAACCACUGGAAACAAGCAAGAAUUAGAAAGACAAUUUUUCGAGCUAGCAAAGGAGCACUUUGAGAUAAAAAAGAUACUUUUAGAAGAACAAGACUCUGUAUAUAGCAGUGAAGACAUCUAUAUUCAUGAAAUGGAAAGAAAAUGCAAAUGAACCAUAGAGAAGGUCAGUCCUCUACCUAUGUUUGAUAUUAUGUUUUUAAUAAUCUAUCAAAGGCCAAUCAUUAAUAAUUCAAAUACAGAUGAUUUUUUUCCUUCUCAGUAACGGUAAAUCUUUCAAACAAAGAAUGCUUCAUCCAA